AUGUCAUCCCAGCGCCCUAUCCCGCCGCACGUCGCUGGUUUCAUCAACCCGAGAUCUUCUGGUGACCAGGUGUACAUCUUCAAAGACGAUAGAUAUAUCUUGAUCCAGGUUGAUCCAUCUUUGACGGACACUCUCCUGUCUGGACCUCAUUGCAUCGCGGACGACUGGGUGUCGUUGGAGCAAGUAGGCUUCUCCUGCAUCGACGCGGCGCUCCCCAAUCCGAGCGCCCCUAACCAGGUCUUUUUCUUCUUCCAGGACCGCUACGUCCUCGUAGAGGUCUGUUCCACGCCUGGCGCCCGCGACGACAAACUCAUCGACGGACCGAAGAACACCCUUAUCGAGUUCGCUAAUCUCCAGGGGCCCCAGUUCGGGACUCCAGACGUCACGCUGCAGGUCGCCUGGCCGGCUGACGACGGCUACUACUGGGUGUACUUCUUCAAAGACACCAACUGGCUUCAGUUCUCGUUCAAGCCUGGCGCAGACGGCCAUGGCGUAAGCAUCCGGUCAGACGGCAGCGCGAAGGAUAUCGAUGCCUAUUGGCAAUCGCUGAAGAAGGUCGGGUUCAAUACGGUCGACAUGGCGUUCCCCAGGCCGGGAGGCGAUGGACACGAGGUCUACUUCUUCAGUGGGACACAGUAUGCGAAGAUCUGGUAUAAGGCUGGUGAGUCACCGACAUGCAGUGCAAACGCCACCCACUAA